AUGAAUAUGUUGGAUGAUGAAGAUGACCAAAGCUUUCACGCUACGCGUGACGGCUACUCCCAUUUGAGCGAUGUCGAAUGGGAUGCGGUUGAACGAAUGGGUUCGACCAUGGGCAUCCAUGCUGUUAGCGUCAUGCUAGAGUCUCUCAAUAGAGAUGCCCAACAUGCUACUAUCGCCAAGUUCAUUCAAAAUGAACUUGACGCAGAACGCGAGAAAGUAGCCUUGCUUCACCAACAAGGUUCUCAACAAGCAGAGUUGUUGAGAGAACAAGGUGCUCAACAGUUUGAACUGUUGAGACAGCAGCAGGCUGCUGCUGGCGGGUCGAUGCACUCGCGUCGACCCGAGACUUUGAAGAUUGACAUCUCCAAGUAUAGGGGGGUCGAAGAAGACUCCCUCUUGAGAUGGUUCGUCGAAUUGGAUGACGCCAUAAGGGCGCGUCGCAUCGACGACGGGGAUAUGCAAGUUGCAUUUGCCCAGUCAAAUCUGGCAGGACGUGCCAAGACUUGGGCACUGGGGCUCAAGCUGCACGACCCAUAUGCGUUUGGGUCGUUGGAAGUCUUCAAGUCGCGGCUCAGACAAACGUUUGAACCGCCUAGAGCUGAGUUCAGGGCCCGAACCGAACUCUUGAAGCUCAAGUAG